ACUAGAUGGUUAAAAAGAUCAGAAUUUGGUAUUUUUAAGGAUGCAAUUUGGACGGCGUAUAAAAAAAAGGUAGCACUGUUGUUUCCAAAGGAAAAUGAUCAAUUUUCGAAGGAUAACAACCCACUUUCAAAGCUAAAAGAAAUAAAAGAAAUAAAACACAACAAUGUAACAAAAUUUCAUGGAAUAACGUAUGAUCUGGAAAAUAAUAUAAAAAUGCUAGUAUUGGAGCAUUCUACCGAUGGAAGCUUAAAAGAGUACUUAACUCAAGAUUCACAAAAAAUCGAAUCAGAAGACAAAUUGAAAAUUGCAAAAGAUAUAGUUAGUGGAUUAAAAUAUUUGCAUGACAAAAAAAUAACUCACGGAGAUUUGCAUUCAAAAAGCAUAUUAAUUAACAAUAAACGAGCUCUUAUAACAAAUCCAAUAAUAUUUUCAGUAAUAAAAAAAAGUUCAUCAGUGGAUACUAUGAAGGAUAAAAUUCCAUAUCAAGACCCACGACUUUUGAAAAAUACGGAAGAAUUGCCUGACCAAAAAUCCGAUAUUUACAGUUUAGGAUUUAUAUUGUGGAGAGUCUUCAGUAAUGAUGAACCAUUCUCGAACUAUGAAAAAAAUUUAAUCAAUCUCGUAAAUGAAAUUCAUCAAAAUAAGAGAGAGAAGCCAACAGUAGGGACGCCUAACAAAUAUAUUAGCAUUUAUGAAAAAUGUUGGUCAUCUAACCAAGAUGAAAGGCCAACCAUCAAGCAA